CGUCGAACGCCAAGGGCAUGGUGGAAUAUGGGAAGGAUGUUCUCGUGCGUGUGUGUUGCCACUCCUAAAUUAAAUGGCCUUCUGAACGUUAUUGAUUGCUUGGCAAUAACGCGACGGAUAUGCGGACUUCACCUUCAGCACGCACUCCAUUCCGCUAGGACUGGCAGGGUUCGCAAGGGUACGGUCUUAUAGCCGAAAGCUACUUGUAAGAUGUACUGUCCUCCAUAAGUUGUCAGUUUGGCUAGGCGGUGGUGGUGGUGGUAACUAGAUACUGAGGAAGGAGGGCAGACGGUCAGAUCCUAUCAGUCCUGAUUGUUGAGGAGCGUGAACUGGAGAAGGGUGAAAAGAACAGCAAGCAUGCUAGGACUUGCACGACUUACCCGCUGUCCCCCACCCUGUGCCUGGUUGUUCAGCCUGGUGUUGAUAUGGACAGAGGUGCACUGGCAACACCAUGCCGUUGCUCUUGGUGGUUUGCUAUGCGGCGGCGGUGCCAGCAGCAGCAGCAGCAGUGGGUCUGGAGAAGCAUCACAGCAGCAAGCAGUUCCGGUGUCACCUGUCACUGCUCUGUGCCUUGUCAGCAUGGGACUACCGGAAGAGCUAGAGGGUGCAGUUACUGCUGAUUUACUACGUGGGCUCUCACCCGAUGCGUGUGCGUCGCACACGCAGUCUGACAUCAGCCUGGCUACAGAUGAUGAGUUUGAUGCAGCGUUGAUGACCGCGCAGGUGUAUGUGCAGUGGGAUGGUGACUCGGGAUGCAUGUCAGUCAUAUGGACGCUACCUGCCCUAAACUCGUCAUCCGAGCAGCUUUACCUCAUCCAGAUCAGUGAAAACCUGCGGUCUGGCGCAGAGCAAUUCCUCACCGGCAGCAGCUAUGCUACACUGGGUAACUCUCUCACUCUCCACAAUAUCAGCCGGUCCACACUGAGUUCGAGCAAUAUAUCUCUAGCUGUGAUAGAUGUGAAUGGUACGAUCCUACCGCUGUCGCGCACAGUGUACACGCUGCUGCCUGGUCAGCCCAGGCAUGCCAGAACAAGCAGUCAGUACUAUGACUUCCAGCGGGCCAUGGCAUUGCGCAAUCUCACCUGGAACAGACCCGAAGAUGGUAGCACGGCAGCAGAGCAGCAUUACGACAUCCAUUUCAGCGGGUCCAAAGAGCUCGGCACGUUCCAUCCCUGUCCGGACUGGAGUGUGAAUGAUCACACAGGCACCAUACUGUUCAUGCAGAUGUUAACGCAGCUGCGCUAUGGGUGUCUGUAUGUGGCGACAAUCACUCCCGCACUACCGGCGCAGAUCAGAGCCGAUCUUGCCGAGCGUGACGAUGUGUCCAUCGCUCUACAGCACUCGUUUCCGAUAGACCACGGCGCUGCCAACGUCUCCGAUUUUGAUUUCGUCAAUGGAACCACUCAGUUUGCCACUUGUGACUCGGCCCUGAAUGCUCAUUUCUCGUUGGAUGCCAGUUUCACCUACAAUGGCUCGGCUUUAGCGUUUGUGUUUGCCCUGGAUGGUUUCAACGCGUCACAGCUUCUUGUCCCGCCUGGAGACUUUCUUGCUUCCCUGGACUUCUUCUCUGUCAUAGUUACUGAUGUGUCGGUGGGGCCGUUCGGUAGCCGGGUGUUCUCGCAGGACUUGAUCAAUCCUUACCAGUUUAAUCAUCAGCCUUUUCAAGCCAUUGUAUCCGACCCGCAGCAUCUUCACAACUAUCGAGCUGAGGCCAGGUAUGCAGUCUACCUGGCAGAAGACAUACCUCUGUACAACGCAGCGCUACUCACGGCCACUGAUAGCCGUGUCAAUGUGCGGAUUCAGUCCUUGUCGUGCGGGACGAACUUUAGACUGACGGUGAAUCAGCCCACUACUGCUCUCACUGCUGGCUCAACUACAGCUACCAGUGGCUCAGCCGUUAGUAAUGUUACCAGUCACAUGCCGCCGGCAGCAAUGGUGCAGACUACUCCACCAAGCACAGCUGCAGUCACCACUAUCACCUUCAUGACAGUAGAGCGGGCUAUAGAGAAGGAUGCGCUGGACCAAUCGUCACCCACUGUUGCUAUAGCAGCCGGAGUAGCCGGGGUGAUAGUCAUCUUGAUGAUUGGGAUGAUGGUGGGAUAUAUUCUCGUACGCAAUCGCAAUCACGGUCGAACAAAGUCCAAACCUCUUCGACCGCUGAGAAGCUCCGUUGAGUCCACAAUCACUAUAAUGACCCAGAUUGAGGCCAAUGCUUGCAUGUCGGACUCCUGUGAUGACUAUGAGCUUGAGCCAGGCAGACUUCAAAUGCUCGAUGUUGUGGGCUCCGGAGCGUUUGGCAUAGUGCGCAAAGCUCACCUCUACCAGAGCUGUGACUGGGACCAGGACAAGAGCCGGCUUGUUGCCGCCAAGAUGCUACGUGAAAAUGGCAUUGAGUCUGACAGACAAGACCUGCUGAGUGAGAUCAGUCGUAUGAAGGACAUCAGCCGUCAUGAACACAUCGUCACGCUAGUCGGCUGCUGCACGAUGUCUGAGCCGAUCGCGUUGGUAGCCGAGUGGAUGCCACACGGCAGCCUUGCCCAGCUACUGCGCGAUACUCUCCGCAGAAAGAGAACUCACGGACCAGGGUCAACACCGACAUAUGAACAACAUGAAGGCCCGUACAUUCGGCUGACUGAAGGCGGUCACAUCUUUGCUGGGGACGUGUGCAGUUUUGGAAAGCAAGUUGCCCAAGGGAUGAAUCAUCUCAGCAAGCUGCGCUAUGUGCACCGUGACCUGGCCGCUAGAAACAUACUGGUUGGAGAAGACAACCAGGUGAAGAUUGCCGAUUUCGGAAUGACACGUGAUGUCUAUGCUGAUCCCGAUGAGGUGUAUGUCAAGACAAGCACAGGCCCUGCACCAUUGAAAUGGAUGGCCUUGGAAUCGCUGAUCCUCCGUCACUACAGUACACACACUGAUGUGUGGUCCUUUGGCGUAUUACUGUGGGAAAUAUGCACGUUCGCGGAUCUGCCGUACAGCAAUGUUCCCAAUUCCAAGCUGAUCUCUUAUCUGAAGGCCGACAAUCGCUUGGCAUGCCCAGCAGGAUGUCCAAACAUGCUGUACACAGUAAUGAAGAGCUGCUGGACAGAAAGACCGGAGGAACGUCCUUCGUUCUCUGAGCUGGUGGACUGCUUGACGCACCUUCCCGACUGCCUGUACGACCAAGUUGAUGGAGGGGAGGUUCCAAGCAGCGGCGAGCCACCGACAUUCUCGUUUUCGGCUCUCGCCUAUACCAGCAGGCCGGACAGUGGCGAUGACAAUGCCUACAUCAGUGGCGGCUCAUCACUGAUGACGAGCAGUGACGUCAGCACUGGCGGCUAUUCUGGAGUGGACACGAGCGCAUCUACAGACAGUGGCUACGGCAUGCGGAGUGACACAAGCGCCAGCACCAUGGACACCGGUCACAGCGACAGUGGCGGCUAUCUUGCACUGCCGGUGCCCGCACAUCGACGCGCCCGCAAGAAAGCUUCAACGGCUCUCCUGUCGCCGCCGGGGCAGCAGCAGCCUCUACCCGCGAACUCAGAUGGGGGUGCAGGGAAACUUGAUCAGCACGGGUACCUGCCGUUGGAUGCACUGCAAACUUCUGUUCAAGAGUUGCUUACAGCCUCCACCGGUGGGGAGCAAGCCAAGGAAGGAAGGAACACGGCUGCAGCACCCUCGUUGGUUGCUCCGUCCCUUUCAAAGCACAUGCCACUAACUCAAUAUCCAGUCCCACAGCAGCAGUCCAGUGAAGCCUCUUUGCACACCAGUAUCUGUGUCUGUGUGCCGCCGACAGAGUGUAUCGGUAGCUCACAGGUAGCAUUAGAGCCUGCCGAGGCUCGCACUGCACUCGAAUCUGCAGCCAAGGAGCAGACGGUGACUACAGCAUCUCAUGGUUUGCCAAGCGACGUUCAGCCGGCGGCCGCUAACGGACAGAUGCAAUCGGACAUUUACCUAGAUGUUCAAGACGUGUGGUCUUAUGGUCUGUAACGGCUCUAUUGCUACUUGAUGCUCUGGUGAUGACUGCUGUAGAUAUAGAGCUCAUCUCUAUGUAAUUACUAUGACCCAAUGCUGUACAGACAGCAAGCUGGUCUGACAUGCCAGGAGAUAAUGAAUAACUGAUAGGGUACUAGUACUAGUAUAAAUUAAUUAAAACCGGGCCGCGAUGAAGGUAACAUUAACAAGCACAACUUGAGGUAACCAAUUGGCCAUGCGACAUCCGUGUCUACCAAUACAUCCAGCCACAGCCAGCCAGCUGUCCUAAGAUUAUAAGUACAUAAUUAUUAUAAUAAUGGCCACGGUGAUUUGUAAUGCAGUAGAACUUCAACUGUAGAAGACAUACUUGAAGUAGCAUAUCGAAAGCAAGAAUGCAUAAUAUUGAGUUGUUUACAUGUGCAUGGACCUCUUUUCCAUUGUUCAAAGUACGCUUCAAGUCAAAAUUAAUUUGAAUGCUGAACUGCAUGGA